UUCCAAUUUGCAAAACUAACUCCACCCCAUUUCUCAAAAUUCAAUCUUUUUUCACUAUCUGCCCAAUUCUUGAUUCUUAGAUCAGUACUGAUAAUGUCUGUUGCAGCAAUGGGCAUAGUUUCAGUAGGCAAUGGGUUUCUUUCACAGUUUUUUACAAGUGAUUCAGCUGCUUCUACUCAUCAGUUUUGUUGUUUUUCAGUGAAUUCAAGCCCAUUGCAUAUGAAUUUUUCAAGGAGUGGUUGUUUGGUGAAAAGGGGUUCUUUGUUAAGCCCUAGAGUUUCAGUUUCUACUACUGGUAAUGCUAAGAUUGAUGGAGUUGAUGAUCAGUUAUCUUUGUCACCUGAUGAGAUCAAACCAGCUCGGAAGUCUGCUGAUUGGAAAGCAGCAAGGACAUACAGUGAGAGGGGACUGAUAUUUGAGGGCAAGGUUGAAGGCUUCAAUGGUGGUGGUUUGCUGAUUCGAUUUUAUUCUCUCGUGGGUUUUCUGCCCUUCCCACAGAUGAGCCCUUAUCACUCUUGUAAAGAACCACAAAAGACAAUUCAAGAGAUUGCGAGGGACUUGACCGGUUCUGUCCUCUCUGUGAAGGUAAUCCAAGCUGAUGAGGACAGACGACGAUUGAUAUUCUCUGAAAAGGAAGCUAGCUGGUUGAUGUUUUCUAAUAAAAUAAAUGUAGGUGAUACUUAUCAAGCAAAGGUCGGUUCAGUUGAGGAUUAUGGUGCUUUUGUUCAUCUGCGUUUCCCAGAUGGAUCCUAUCACCUCACUGGGCUUGUCCAUGUCUCAGAAGUGUCUUGGGAUUUAGUUCAUGAUGUCAGAGACAUCCUCACAGAAGGAGACGAUGUGAGGGUUAAAAUCAUAAAUAUUGACAGGGAAAAAUCUAGGAUUACCUUGUCAAUUAAACAAUUGGAGGAAGAUCCUCUGCUGGAAACUCUGGAUAAAGUAAUUCAUAAGGAUGCAUCCGUCCAUACUAAUUCCUUGGAUUCGAAUGGCAGCUCGAAUAUUGAGCCUCUUCCUGGGCUUGAAACAAUAAUCGAGGAACUACUGCAAGAAGACGGCAUAUAUGAUAUAAUAAUCAGUCGACAAGGAUUUGAGAAACGAGUCGUUUCACAGGACUUACAGCUUUGGUUGUCAAAUGCACCAGCUACUGGGGAUCAGUUUACUCUACUUGCUCGGGCUGGAAGACAGGUGCAAGAAAUACAACUGACAACAUCACUUGAUCAAGAAGGAAUAAAAAGGGCUCUACAACGAGUCCUAGAACGUGUACCAUGAGUCAAAAUACACGUACAACCCCAAUCUAAAGUUUACGGAGAAGUUCAGAUGGAUCGUUAUUUCAAGUUGUGCAGGCAUUGUACAGACGUCUAUAACUACUUCAAAAAAGUGUAUAAAGAAACAUGUUUAGAAACACAUUUCUUCAGAUAUAGUUCCCAGAAGCUAAAAGACAUAUGAGCUGCACCCAGCGAAUCGUCUUAAUAGACAUGAUAACAUGAACUCAUGCAGUUUCUUGGUACAUUGCUACCCAUGUUAAACUUGAUCAGUUAUUUU